CCGUGCAUACAUGAUCUCUCUCUGUGUUUGAACCUCCAAGGCUUUUUCUGACCUGAGUGGGUCUGUGCACAGCAUUGUGUUGACCUCUGGAACCCUGUCACCCAUGGACUCCUUUUCCUCUGAACUUGGUGUGAAAUUCUCCAUCCAGCUGGAGGCCAACCAUGUGAUCAAUAAGUCUCAGGUUUGGGUGGGCACUGUCGGCACAGGACCUCAAGGCAGGAAGCUCUGUGCCACCUUUCAGAACACAGAGACGUAUGCCUUUCAGGAUGAAGUGGGUGGCCUGCUGCUCCACGUCUGCCAGGUCAUGGCCAAGGGUGUGCUCUGCUUUUUGCCUUCCUACAAGCCACAGAGGCAGCCCCCAGAGAAGCCCUGGGAGCUCUAA